GUGCGUCAUCGUAAUCUGACGAUGUUAAUUAAAUAAAUGUCUAUAGAUCUCACCCACAUAUAACGUUCGUCUCGUCUAGCACCUCUCCUCAGUCCCCAUUUCUAUGUAUACCACCCCAAGCCCUCUCCUCCUUUCUACACCAACCUGAUCCAGUCAAAUCUUCCUGCGCCCCUCAUCUAGUUGAAUGUUCCUCGAGUAGUUAGCUCGAUCCCCAAAGAGUUCUUCCAGGUUAGAACCUCCAGCCUUUUCUACUGAAAUAGCCUGCAGUUUUAGUGUUUGUAUACUCUCUAUUGGAUUCUAUCCUGUCAUUUUUCACAUUUGAGAAACAGAUGAAACUCCCAUUGUUAAGUAGCUUGUUAAUUUUGAGCCGGAUAUGUAUUUGCUUACUAACAUGUGCAGGAAUUUCAGCUACAGUAAACUGAGAAGCUGUCGAUCCGUGGUUUGGUAAACUGAGAAGUUGUAUUGUUAAUCCAUAGCCUGUGCCUGCUCACUUCCUAGUUGCUCUUGCUCUUGCAGUCUAAUCACCUCCGCUGGCCGGAGAGGACGGGAGCUUCUCUCUCCCUGUUCAUAUCCAGAUCCAGAGUAGAUAAUAGAUACUGUAUGUUCCAGCGUUGUCUUCUCGAUGCAACCUCAAGCGGCCGGACAGCAGUAAAGCGUCUCGCCCAGAUCUUAAACUUACAGAAGCGAGCGGGGCAGCGUCCCUUCAGAUCCGAGGUUUCCCCCCUUUCCAUUAAUCUCCCCUGCUUUGCAUUUGCCUCCAGAUCUGACCACUCAAGUGUCUAAUCUAUGGCCAUUUCCACGCACUAGGCUGCUCCACUGCCUUAACUCUGCUUCUUUCUGAUGCUCUUCACGCCGUACUCUGCUUCUUUCUUCGUCAGCAACCAAUGCCCCGGCCCUGCGGCAAAACCGGUUUCUUCCUUCUGCCCGUGUGCGCGUUUCGUUUGGACAGGCAGCGAAGCUUGUCGCUGCUGCUGCACCAUGAUCCAGAUGGCCGGCACCGAAGCUUGUCGCUGCUGCUGCACCAUGAUGUCCCUACUUCCUGACGUACCGAGCCCUUGUCUGCCAUUUUGGACAGGCAGCGAGCUAUUUCGUUUGGGGCAGGGAAGGCUCUGCAAAAUAUACGCAUGAUUAAUUAAUCUCCGGGAGCUUCUAAAUGCUGCAAAAUAUGUAGAGUAGUGUUCUCUUCGGGAUCUCUGAAAAAUAUUUGUUGUCGCGUGAUGAUUUACUAGACAACAUUCUCGUACAACCACCAUAUGCUUCUAUAGAAUCGUCACUUCUCCUUGCAAUGGUGCUCUAGUUGGAACAAACCUUUUUUCUUUGUUAGUGUUGAAAGUGCAUAGUAUGAAAUGUAUUCCACAACAGAUACAUGGAUCUUCAGUUCUUGGAGCGUAUACUUGAUGGAAGAGAGAAGCCAACAAAUCUAUCAUUCACACUUUUGAAGAGUAUCACUCAAAAUUUCUCGGACGAUCGAGAAAUUGGCCAUGGUGGAUUCGCAACGGUUUAUAAGGGAGUGCUCCCAAAUGGGAACGUUGCGGUAAAGAGGAUAAGGAACAGUCAUUCAAUCAAUGAGGCAUUAUUUUAUCGUGAAGUUGACAGCCUGUUGAACGUUGAACAUAAAAAUGUGGUACGGUUUCUUGGCUUCUGUGCUAGCACAGAGCAAACAGCCAUACAAAUCAAGGGAUCAAAACAACAUAUUUAUGCAGAGGUAAGAGAAAGAUUACUCUGUUUUGAGUAUAUCAGCAAUGGAAGCCUGCAAAAAUAUAUUACCGAUGAAUUAAGGGGACUUGAAUGGAAUACACGUUAUAAAAUAAUUAGAGGCAUCUGCGAAGGUUUGCAUCAUCUGCACAAGGAAAAGCAGAUAUAUCAUAUGGAUCUGAAACCCGAUAAUAUACUACUAGACAAUGAUAUGGUGCCGAAAAUCACAGAUUUUGGUUUAUCGAGACUUGAUGAGAAGUCAAAAACUAUGAGUGAAGAACGUCAUGGAUCACUGGGAUAUUGUGCUCCAGAAUAUCUACAUCAGGGAAAGAUGUCAUUCAAAUCAGACAUGUACAGUUUGGGUGUCAUAAUUAUUGAACUAGUGACUGGACAAAAGGCGAUCCCCAAUAAUAAUAACAAUGUACUUAGGAGAUGGAGGCACAGAUGGAAGAAAACUGGGAAUGAAACACCAUUUGUUUACCAACAAGUAGCAAAAUGCCUCGAAAUUGGGUUACUCUGCAAGGAAAUUGACCCAUCCAAACGGCCUUAUAUAUGGCAUCUAAUACAUGUUAUAAGAGAAGUUGAAGGUGCUAAUGAAAAAAUCAGCAAUGCCUAUGAACAUACAUUUGGACAUAUAAGCCCUUACUUGGAAGAUGAUAUGCUUGGAAUUGAGCCACUCCAACUACAUUUUCCUUUUGAACUCAACAACCAGAUGUCAUGUGAAAUUCAGCUAACCAAUGAUACAAACUCUUACAUUGCCUUCAAUAUCGAAAAUACAAGCCCCCUGUCAUACCACACACAGCCGCAGAAAGGCAUUAUGCCACCACAGUCCAAGUGCAAUGUUGACAUAACAAUGCAGCUGCAGGGAAAGGCACCAGGAUAUAUGCAUCGUGCAAAUGAACUUAUUGUGUGGAGCACCAAAGUGAAUGAUUGCAUUGCAGUUGAGGAUAUAACUAUGGGAAUGUUCAUUAAUGAUGCGGUCAGAGUUGUUGAUGAGGUGAAUUUGGAUGUUGUUUUUGACGACAAUGAGCCACAGGAAUCAAGUGACAAAAGCAAUGAGGAUGACCAAGAAAAUGAAGAAGGUAGCCUGAGCAAGUCAGGAAAGGAAUUAAAGAAGGUACUUGGUCGUUCUUCUGGACAAAAUAAGUCGGAUGCCGAUGAUGAUGAUGAUGAUGAUGAUGAUGAUGAUGAUGAUGAUGAUGAUGAUGAUGUAUCUCCUGUGACAGAGGAUGAGAUCAGGACUGUUCUUCUUGGAGGGGCUUGUGUCACCACACAAGAUUUAGUGUCCAUAUUUAAGUCUAGACUACGAGGUCCAGAGUACAAGAACGCCUUUGCUGAAAUUCUGAAGAAAAUUGCGACGAUACGGAAGACUAAUGGCUACAAAUAUGUCGUCCUCAGAGAGGAUAAGAAAUGAUGAGCUCAAAAGUGGAGAUUUCCUUCAUUGCGAAGCUUCCUCUUGUGUCUUUCUAGGGAUAAUAGUUUUGUAUUAUAUUCGGUCUUCUGACAAGUGUAUGACGAACUUCUACUGCAGCUUGCUUGUAGAAAUCAAAUAACGAUAGGUGCUAUGUUGUCAUUUCCUGGAGUUAUUCUAGAAGAAGUUGGGAAUUACAAGGUUACGAUGAUGUGUGAGAAGAGGUAUAUUGAUGCCAGGACAGUGUUUUCUGUUUGACCAGGUUCUUUAAACCUAUGAAUCCAAAGUGUAAAAUCUAGAACGAUGUUCCUAAGAGUAAAGUUUCAUUGUGUUA